UUAUUCACAAUUUUAAAGGCUGCUACACUGUGUAUAUGUAUCGAAAGUUAACUGAAUAUUCCCGAGUCUGCCUUACAUGUGUAAAAAAAAAAGUAUCUAUGACCAGAUUUAUAUCUUAUUACACAAGGGGGAAAUGCGCUUUGUAUUGUUUACAUACCGUGACGGCGAGGGUGCGUGUUGUAAAUGUAAGGAAAUUUAUGUCUGAAAAUGGCGAAGGGUCGAAGGAGGACUGCGGAGUCUAGAAGCGGUAUCAACCCGUGUUUAAAGCACUUCAUAUUUCUGUUUAACUUGAUUGUUCUGGCUGGUGCUUUAGUCGUUGUCGGCUUGAUGUCAUGGAUCCUCUACGAGAAGGAGAAAAAGAUUAGUUCGUUUUCAGAUGUUCUGCUUGAUCCCAGUUUGAUUUUUCUGAUUGCGGGGUGUAUAGCUACAAUCAUCGCUUUUCUAGGAGCCUUGGGGUCCCUCCGUGAAAUUGAUACCAUAUUAAGAAUAUAUUCCCUGGUGGUGACAUUCUUUUUAUUCAUUCAACUGGUGGGAAUUAUAUUCGUGUUUAUAUUUUACUAUGAUGUCAACGUAUUAGUGAAAAUUGGGAUAUACCCUGAAGACGUCUUUGAAAAUGUCAUCAAGAAUUACAGCGAAGACCCUGAUGACCUAGAUGCCGACAUACGAGAUGUUAUACAUGGCUGGCAAGAAGACAUGCAGUGCUGUGGUUUCAGCAAUGACGAUGAAGGAUACAAAGCUUGGAAAAAUAACUUAUAUUUCAACUGUACAGCGGGAAACAAAAGCCCUCUAAAGUGCUCAGUUCCCUGGUCCUGUUGUGUCUACAAAGACGGAGAUACGAAAAACACCAAAUGUGGUAAUGGAGUGUUAAAUUCCACCAGUGUGAGCGCUGUACAAUUAUCAAGUAAGAUUAACACCAGAGGUUGUCUGAAGGCUUUCAAAGAAUGGAUAGGGAGCAAUAUAUUUAUUGUUACGUGCGGCAUCAUAGGCGCUUUCGUUCCCCAGAUGAUGGCGAUUAAUUUUGCAGACAGACUUUACAACCAAAUAAGAACAGAGGAAUCCAAAUGGAGUACCCUGUGAACUGUAUAUGUAACCAUAAAAAUAUUUCCCAGCGAUAUGGUGAUAUAACUUUAUGCAUUAAUCUUAAGAUAGCAGUGUGUGUGUCUGGAAGUCUGGAAACCAAUUGUACCCCUAGGUUUGAUUACGAUGCAAAAUAAAAUUUCAAGUUCCAUUAUCUUUGGUGGUUCUUAAUUAAUUGUGAUGUUGUUGAGUACUCUGCUAAAAAUCAAUAAAUAUAUAUACCAAUAAUAUCACACAUAAUUAUAGUAUUUGAUAUGCAAUUAAUAUAAUUUUAUGUACAAAACAAUAGUUACAUAUACAAGAUGCAUUUCUCUUGCAUAUCAAACAUAUUCAAUGGCAAUUGUAUUUUCAGUUCUGACAAAAUUUAAUAACAGCCUUAACAAAAUGACACGCUGCGCGGUAUCCUCGGACCAACUUUUACGUUGUAUAUAGAGGGAGUUUAGUCGGAAUCUCAUCUCCGACAAUUGUCUUACAUUGUGCUGGUAUUAAUUUUUAUAGAUUAUGUCUGAACAAUACAUCUUUGUUUUUCUUUUUGUAAAAAAGUAAUAAAAAUCAUUUGCGCACAA